AUGCAAAGACAAUUUUUUAUACAGAGUCAGAGGUCCUGUGGGAAGAUGGCGGAUUGUGAAGUUCAGAAAUUAACUGAUGAGAGUGUUGUUGACUGGAGGGCCAGUCGGAGGAUGAUUCAUGCUACAGCUCAAAAAUUAACCAUGAAAAAUUACAAUGAUUUAAAAAUUGGCCUGGGGCUCCUCAACAUAAGAUCUAUAAUGUCAAAAUAUGAAAUGGUGUGUGAUAUAAUUUGUGAAGAACUGGAUAUUCUUGUAUUAACUGAAACAUGGCAUGGGUCGUCAGAUGAGUUUGCUGUUCGAUGCGCGAUGCCCCCUGGUUAUAAGUUUGUAGAUUACGUCAGACCUCACGAUCCAUAUCAUGGCGGAAUUAUAAUUUAUUUCAAGAAAGAGUUCAUUUAUAAACCUGUUGAGUUACCCGCCGUGAUAACUUUUGAAGCUGUUGCAAUUAAAUUGAAAGUAAACAAAUCUGAUUUUAUUUUGUUAUCAAUUUAUAGACCUGGAUCGGUUCCUUCUUCACCAUCGUUCUUUUCAGAGCUAGCGAAUGUUUUAGAAGUUUUAUCUCUGUUAAGUGAUAAAAUCGUUGUUGCGGGAGAUUUUAAUGUUCAUAUGGAGAGAAAAGAUGAUCCAAACACAGUCUCACUGAAUGAGGUACGAGAAGUAAAAAAGUGGUUCGAUCCUGGCGACGCAUAA